CAUAACCUGAUUUUUUCUCGUUCUUCGUUCUUGUUUAUUUGUCUUUUGACUCUUUUGUCUGUCUUGAUCCAGAGAUAAGUAGUGAUAAAACCACAAUUAUUAUUGUGUGAUACAUCUCACAAAAGUACAAACUGUGAUCCAGAAUUGAACUUUAGACCCUGGACUUAGUUCUUAGUUCUGUUUUAUUAUUAACAAAUAAUUUAUCGCAAUGUCUUUAUGGAACAGUUUGGUAAAAUAUUCGUCAAAACAAGAUAUUUUAUAUAAAGUGCCUGUUCGUUAUUUGAACUUAUUAGAAUACCAGAGUAAAAACUUGUUGAGAAGAACCAAUGUAGCAAUACAAGAUUUUUGUAUGAUAGAUGAUCAAGGGGAGAACGGACUUGAUAAAUUCAAUGCUAAAGAAUAUGUGAUUAAGGCACAAAUUUUGGCUGGUGGCAGAGGAAAGGGACAUUUUAAUAAUGGUUUCAAAGGAGGCGUUCACAUUACACAAAGCCGUCAAGAAAUACCUAACAUAAUUAAAAAAAUGUUAGGCUUCAACCUCAUCACGAAACAAACACCUAAGGAUGGCAUUACAGUCAAAAAAAUCAUGGUUGCUGAGAGUGUAAAUAUAAUGCGGGAAACAUAUUUAUGCAUUCUCAUGGACAGGCAAAGAAAUGGACCUGUUAUUAUUGCUUCACCAGCAGGUGGUGUUGAUAUUGAGGGUGUUGCUGAAAAAACUCCUGAGCUUAUAAAAACCAUCCCAAUUGAUAUAUUUGAAGGAAUUACAAACAAAAUGGCAAAUGAGCUGGCCGAGUUUUUGGAAUUUAAAGGAGAGUUGAAACCAAAAGCAGCAGAGGAAAUUAAAAACUUAUGGAAUUUAUUUAAAACAGUUGAUGCUGUACAAAUUGAAAUUAAUCCUUUGGUAGAAACAGAUGAUGGCAAAGUUGUUGCAGUGGAUGCAAAAUUAAACUUUGAUGAUAACGCAAAAUACAGACAAAAGGAAAUUUUUGAUAUGGAAGAUGUUACUGAAAGUGAUCCCAGAGAAGUAGAAGCUGCUAAGUACAACCUGAAUUAUAUUGGAAUGAAUGGAAAUAUUGGAUGUUUAGUGAAUGGAGCUGGUUUAGCAAUGGCAACUAUGGAUAUAAUUAAACUGUAUGGAGGUGAACCAGCCAACUUCUUAGACGUCGGUGGAAGUGUAAAAGAAGAACAAGUUAAAGCUGCUUUUCAAAUUAUCACAUCAGAUCCCUCAGUUAAAGCUAUAUUGGUCAACGUUUUCGGCGGAAUUGUAAAUUGCGCAACAAUUGCAAAUGGCAUUGUUGGCGCAUUGAAAAGCACACCCCUGAAAGUACCUUUGGUUGUAAGAUUAGAAGGAACCAAUGCUACAGAAGCUCGAAGAAUAAUCAACGAAUCUGGCUUGAGUAUCCAAAUUGCAGGAAAUCUGGAUGAUGCUGCUGAAAAAGCUGUUAAAGCUUUGUAAUAACAAAAUUGUUACAGACAAAACUGUGAUCGAUUACUAUUUUGGAAAACUAGUUCAAACAUUUUCAAUUAGGAUAAGAGUUGUUCAUGUUGCAUUUAUACAUAAGAGAAAGACUGUUAAAAUAUUUUUCUAAAAUGAAACUAUCAAAUGAUGAUUGAAUAAUGGAUGCAGCAAGACAAUAAUUUUAAAAUAAAUUUCGUAUUUUCAUACAAAAAUAAACAGUUUUCUUUAAUUAAUACUAAUAUGGAUUAUGGAUUGGGCGCUUUAUUAUGUUAUACUAAUUCACAGUUUUAUAUUAUGUAUUUAUUGUUAAUAAAGUGUUUGAAAAUAUAUUUCAAAUUGUAUUUCAA